AUGUACACCGCGCUCCCCAAAAGCGGUUCCCCUUUUGGCCCCACUGCCACCCACCCAGGGCUGCACAUCUGGCGGGUGGAGAAGCUGCGGCCAGUGGAGGUCCCCAAGGUGACGUGGGGUGUCUUCUUCUCGGGGGAUGCCUACCUGGUUCUGCACAACGGGCCGGACGAGCGAGCCCACCUCCACCUCUGGAUGGGCCGGGACUCCUCGCGGGACGAGCAGGGUGCCUGCGCCCUCCUCUCCACCCAGCUCAACACGCUGCUGGGGGAGCGCCCUGUGACGCACCGCGAGGUGCAGGGCAACGAGUCUGAUGUCUUCAUGGAGUACUUCCCCCGCGGCGUCACCUACCAGGAGGGUGGCAGCCUUCUCGCCGGGUGCAGGGCGAAGCACAACGUGUCCUUCUGGGUGUCCAUCUGUCCUCUGGGUGUCCAUCAGCUCAUUGGGGUGUCCCUCUUCACUGGGGCGUCUGUCCAUCCUUUGUCCUUCGGGGCAUCUCCCUGGGCCAGCUUCAGCCUCAGCAACUGCUUCAUCCUCAACCUGGGUGAGACCCUCUUCGUCUGGUGCGGGGCCAGGUGCAACGUGCUGGAGCGCAGCAGGGCGCAGGAGUUGGCCGCAGCCAUCCGGGAUGGCGAGCGGGGUGGCAAGGCUCGCCUGGAGAUCGUGGUGGACAGCGAAGAACCACCUGAGAUGCUCCAGGUGCUGGGUCCCAAGCCCACCUUGCAGGAGGGCAGCCCCGAGGAGGACAUCGUGGCCGAUCAGAAAAAUGCGGGGGCAGCUGUCCUCUACAAGGUGUCAGACGCGACGGGGCGCAUGGACCUGAGCCAAGUGUCUGCGAGUAGCCCCUUCAGCCAGAGCCUGCUCUGCUCCGACGACUGCUUCGUGCUGGACAACGGCAGAGUUCUGGAUUCCUCCAGAACGCAUUCUGCAUGGUUCUUCAACAUGACUGGUAAUGCCAAAUCCAGGCAGAAUAUCACAGAUUUAUAG